AGUUGGCAACACUGUAGAAGUUGUUUGUACUCUUGUUCACAUGAGUUCGCUCGGCUCCCGGCUCGCGCAGUUGCCAAUCGCUCGGCGCAGGAGACGCACAUUCGUGUUUGACUCACUUUAUUCUUGACGCAGCAAACAUGACCCCGGAUGAAAUAUCGCAAAAGAUGGACGAAGAUGGCUUCGUGGUCAUAAAAGACUUCCUGACUCCAUCAGAAUGUGACAAGAUGGUAGCAGCUGGAUUAGAUUUUACAAAAAACUUGCCGCCUAAAGAGCAAAGGAAUGUGUUCACUACCGUGGACGGCGAAAAGAAGCAAAUGCAAGACGAAUACUUUCUGACUAGCAACGACGUCAUCCGCUGUUUCUUUGAGGAUGCUGCAGUGGGCCCCGAUGGAGAACUGACUGUAGACCCCAGUAUAUCGCUGAACAAAGUUGGUCACGCGUUGCACUACCAACAUCCCAUCUUCAGAUACUACACGUAUUGUGACCGCGUGAAGGAAGUUGCCAAAGCUCUGGGCUUCAAGGAGCCGGCGGUGGUGCAGUCCAUGUACAUCUACAAGAACCCUGGUAUUGGAGGCGAAGUGAUUCCCCAUCAAGACAUCACUUACCUGCACACUGCUCCUGUAGCGCCAGUGGGUUUCUGGAUUGCCCUGGAAGACGCCACGGUGGAAAAUGGAUGUCUCUGGAUGGUCCCAGGGUCGCACAAGUCCGGGAUCCAUAGGAGACUUACAAGGAACUCGGAUAAAGACAGUAAAGAACUGCUGAUUUACGAUACUCCGGCUCCUGAUUAUCCCGAAUCUGGAUUUGUUCCCGUUCCAGUUAGUAAAGGAACCUGCAUCCUCCUCCACGGUAACGUGGUGCACAGGAGUGCGCACAACCACUCCAGCAACGGGCGGCCCGCGUACACGUUCCACAUCGUGGAGAAGCAGGACAACCAGUACUCCGCGGACAACUGGCUGCAGGAGGGGGAGCGCGCGUCAAACGGACAUCUGACUCCCACAGUCAGCAGCCCGCAGGCCUCUCCUAUGGAGGUCGUAAAUCGGCUGCCGCCUCAUGACGCUGACGACCGGCGCGUCUACGGCGAGACGGAGAUCUUGACUCCGUCUAGGGAACAGGCCAUUAAGUCAAGUCAAAUCAAGCCAGAAGACCUGUAA